AUGUUCGACGAGGCAAAGGCGUUUGUUUUGUCCCGUCCUCUGACCUUUUUGGCAUCGGCUGGAGCAGUUUAUGUGGCCUAUAAAAUCAAGAAGUUCUUCACUCUUCCGUCCAUCAAACCGAAGCCAGGAAUCCACAAAUUCGAUUACAAACCUGACACUGUCUAUCUCUAUCAGUUCCGACGACUCAAAAACUGUCCAAAUAUGUCACCAUUCUGCAUGAAAAUCGAAAUAAUUUGUAGAGUUUAUGGAAUCAACUAUGAGGUUAUUGAAAACGCGAAGCUUCGUUCCAGAAACGGCACACUGCUAUUCAUUGAGCUCAACGGGGAACAUAUUUCGGAUUCUGACUUGAUUGAAAUUCGAUUGAGACAACAUUUCAAGAUUCCGAGUCUACCAUCUGAACAAGAAGCUCAUGCAACAGCAUUGACUAGAAUGGCAGACAACCACCUCUUCCAUAUUCUGAUGAGAUACCACUGUACUUUCCUCGAACUUUUGGACUUCAAUCCCUAUAUCAUUCCACUCGCAAUCCCAUUCAUGAAACAGAUAAUUGGAGGACAAAUCUAUAAAAACUCCACAUCAGCAAUUGGAGAUUUUGAGCCAGAAGAGCUUGACGAGCUGCUUCAUAGAGAUUUGAAAGUUUUCGAAACGGUUCUUGAAGAUAAGAAAUUCUUAUUUGGAGAUCAAAUCACUCCCGUGGAUGAUGCAUUUUUCAGUCAACUGGCCGCUGUCUAUUAUCCAUUCCACACUCAUAUCACGGAGGUUCUAGAAAAGGAUUUCCCAAAGAUUCUCGAGUUUUGUGAAAGAGUCAAAAGUCAAGUUUAUCCAAAUGAUUUCUGUGUUUAA